UAUAAAAGCCGGUCCGCCUGAUUUCGGCCGGUCACCUAUUUAAACGAAUCCGAGCGGUGUUGACAGGACGGACGAUACGCUUCUUCAGUUCUGUUUGAAUCGAGGAUAGGCGAUGAAGGGAAUAUACGUAAUUGCCAUCGCCUUUCUGGCAUCGUGGACCGUGAGCGCCGCAAAAGUUGGUCAACUUGCGGUAUCUCAAUUGAGGGACGAUUAUUGCACGGUAGUUACCACAGUAUGCCCAUACCCAGAACGAUGUCCAGACAACACUACGACCAACCUCCCGCAUGAAACCGAUUGCACAUUGUUUUACAAAUGCGACACUGGCAAAGGAGUAGUGCAAAAAUGUCCCCUGAUGACCGAGGGAGAUCCAGUGACGAGACUGCACUACAAUAGACAACUGCAGGUCUGCGAUUGGCCAUGGCAGGCCGGUUGCGAGAGUUGCCCCCGAAGAAACCGAGACGGGACAUAUCCGCCGACGUCUAGAAUAAGUUACCCAAACAACAACUGCGGUCAAUACUAUGAGUGCAUAAAUGGUGUACCAUCGUUGCGUACCUGUCCAAGCGGUACGUGUUUCAGUCGCACAUGUCAGGAGUGCGUUGGGAACAGAGAGGGUGGAAACUGCGGUUGGGGUCCAACCAUUCCUACUUCAACUCCUCCAAUUUGCACUAAUCCUCCAGGAAACAACGGCGAUUUAAGAUCUCACGAAUGUGACUGCGGCAAGUACUAUACGUGUACUAGUGGUUUGGGUUGGACCAGUACAGACUGCCAAGGUGGUCUACAUUUUAGCCCCACAAGAAAAGUCUGCGUACCACCGAACGAAGCUGGUUGCUUGCAAUAAAAAAGUAUCAAAAAUACCUGGCGAAUUUUUCGAAACUUGUUCUCAAAAACAUAUAUUUGUGCAUAGGUGACCAUCGAUUUCGGAAGAUACUAAGUUAAAAGUAGUGACUGGUACCAAGAAAAAAUUGCUUCAUUAAAACUAUUAUUGUUAUAUUAUAUUUGUACUAGAUUAGUUCCCUAAGAUAUUUUAAUAAAUCUGACAAUAUGUAUGA